AUGAUCGUAACGUUCCCUCUAAUCGCCCCUUCACUCUCCAACAGCGACCCUAACCAAUACUUGGUUAAAACCGGUGCAUUCAUUAAAGAUGUGUCUCUUCAAAAGAAGGGAUGGGUAAUGCCCGGCCAACGUUCUAUCUUUUUUGACAUCACCCCUCAAAACUAUACUCUACAGCUUCAAGCUAUGACGGCCGAGAAAUUGGAAUUUAGCCUUCCCGCCGUGUUCACGAUAGGACCAAAGGACGAACCCGAUAGCCUGAAGAAAUAUGCCAAAUUAUUGGCCACGGAUCAAAAAAAUUCCGAUUCGCAUGUCAAGGAAUUGGUUAAAGGUAUUAUCGAAGGCGAAACCAGGGUUAUUGCUGCUGCAAUGACCAUGGAAGAAAUUUUCCAAGAGAGGAAGGGAUUCAAGGAGCAAGUGGUCAAGAAUGUACAAGAAGAACUUAACCAAUUUGGUUUGUUCAUUUAUAACGCGAAUGUGAAACAAUUGCAAGAUACUCAAGGCUCCGAGUACUUUAAAUACAUGAGGCAAAAAACCCAUGAAGGUGCCAUAAACAGUGCCAAAGUAGAUGUCGCCGAGGCAAAAUAUCGUGGUGAUGUCGGCGCAAAGCAAAGAGAAGGGUUGACAAGACAAGAAACUGCGAAAAUUGAAUCCGACACGGUCAUCAUUGAGAAUGAACGUAAAGUUACCAUGGCACAAGCCGAAGCGAACUUGUCAACAAAAAAGUCGGAAUUCGAUAGGCAAAUUAAAGUUGCUGCUAUUGAGGCCUCGCAGGCAGCAAAAAUGAGAGAAAGUGAGCUUCAAAAAGAAGUCGAAGAACGAAGGCUUUUGUCGGAGACAGAAAGGCUUCGUGUUCAAUAUGUCGCAAAAGCUACUGCCGAAUACGAAGCAGCUAAGGCUGUCGCCAAUGCUAAACUUUAUACGGCGCAAAAGGAAGCCGAGGCUGUAUUAUAUAAGAAGCAAAAAGAAGCCGAGGGUAUACUCGCUCUCUACAACGCUCAAGCUGAGGGUAUAAGGAAUUUAAUGCAAUCCUUCGGUGGGGAUUCCAAUGCUGCUUUACAAUACAUCAUGAUCGAUCGUGGUAUUUACACUCAAUUGGCCAAGGAGAAUGCCGCAGCAAUCCAAAACUUGAAUCCAAAGAUUACCGUGUGGAAUACUGGCGGUGGUCAUGGUGAAAAUCCUAUUGCAAAUAUAUACCAGUCAUUACCCCCACUUUUAUCGACUAUCCAAGAGCAAACUGGGAUUUCUCCUCCUUCUUGGCUUGCUCAGAUGCCUAAUGGCAAAACAUCAUUGUCUAAAAAUGAUUAA